UGUUGAUCUGUUACUUAAGGAAACAUUGGUAAUAUCACGUGAUAAUGUCAAUCAACCAAUCACGCAACACCACAGCCGUAAUUAAUUUUCACUCGAUUGAAAAUGGUGGUCUUCAAAGACGAUAUUUGAGCAAAUAUCAACAACUGCUGAAGGAAACUAGCUUUUGUUUCCGUUCAGAAGUCAACUCCCUCUGUUCCGACAACUGAUGAUGUCAUCGCUGGAAGCUCAAAGUCCGAUGAUGUCACAAAGAGCAUUUGACGUAGACGAAGGUGAUUCCCUCUCCUCCAACGAAGGGUCGCCAACCACUUUUCAAUGGGUCGAUGGAAGGCUUGUGGGACAUAAACCAUUAAACAGGUUCAACUUACGAAAUCGUGCCUCUAACUGGACGGAGCAUGAUAAGUACCUGGCAGUGAAGCUUAUAAUACCGCGAGAGAUGGAGCUCUACCCCAGUCAUAAUCCUCACCACCCAAACACAGCUUACAAGAACUCCUCUAACAUGGAGAGAAAGGUCAUCUGGAUGCAAGUGACAGCGAUGUUUAACGAACAGGCGGACGAACCAAGGUCACCGGAGCAACUGAAAAAGGCGUUUGAAAAUAUUCGCAUGGCAGCCAGGAAACAUAUUGAGGAGAGCAGCGUACCACGUGAGCCAGGUCGUCCUAAAAUACGGGAACCUCCUGCUCACGUCCUCUUGUUGAUACACCACAUGAAGAACUCGCCUGAUCACAGGCCAUUCAACUCGGCGUUCUUUGGUCUUGUUCCACCCUCUCCUCCUCCUUCCGCGGAUUGCCGCUCCAUGGUUGAUGCUUCUACAGAGACAAUUAGCGAGGCGUUGAUAUCCGGACGCGUUCAGCUUCAUGAGGUCAAAGACAUUGAAAAAGGUCUUAAGUCCACAGCAACUAAAGUCUGCGAUAUAUCACAGAUAACAUCAGGUUCCUCAGUCUCUACAAAUCAGGCAUCAUACAGAAACGGCAAUGGGAGUUUGAAAGUUAAUGGUGAUUUUAUGUUCAAUACAAACGUUUCUGAAGCAGCUUCAACAGCUGCGGACUUGAUAAACAUAUCCAAGAAAACUGGCGCGAAAAUAACAGUGGGAGUACAACCAGAUGUAAAGCUAGAUUGUGAUUCCAGUACCUCCAAGCUUGGCUAUUUGACUAUUAAGCCACUUGAACAGAAAACGAAAGUUUCAGACACACUAACACCAAGUGUAGACUACAAUUCACAAGCCAUUAGCUCCAAAUAUGAAAAUCAACAGACCAUCAAACAUCAGGAAUUAAGGGAUCAAAUGAUAAACGCGACUAAUGAAAGAGCGGAUUUGGAAUCAGAUUCACCAGUGGGUAAUUCCAAACUUGAAAUUUCAAUGGAGGAGAUACCGUUGAAUAAUUCCGAAUGUAGUGUUCCAAAGCAGUAUAAUCCAGCGGGUAAUUCCAACCUUUAUGGUUCAAAAGAGGAGGUUCCAGCGGAAAAUGCAAUACAUGAAACGGAUAAAUCUAUACUUGUUUUCUCAAAGGUGGAAAGCAGGGCGAAUCUAAUGAAAGAAAUCGAACAAGUAAAGAACAAUCUCAUUGACCCAUUUCAGCCUAAACCAUCUGAUACGUUUGGAAAUAUGAAUUUAAAAAGUAAACAUUUCAUUGAAACGGAAUAUACUCAGACUACAAAUGAUGUCAAAAUAGAUUUGCCUAAUGAUAAAUCUGUUCAAGACAAUACCAAUCUGAAGAGGAAAUGUGACAGCGAAAUAGAUAUACAGCCUAAAAAGAGAAAAUUGUCUCAAGAAGAGGAGUUAAAGAAAUGGGAAUUAAAGAAGACUAAAGCUGAAGUUGAGAGGCUAAGUUUGGAAAAUACCCUGCUGAGACAACGACUUGUUGAAGAACAAGAACUGUUUAAACUAAAAAAGAAAACUGAAGAAAUGUUAUUGGACCAGAAAAUGAAAAUGUUACAAGCGAAGACUGAGUACUAUAGAAAAGGUUGUCCUGAUGAUGUUAAAAAGAAGUAUUUAAACAACGGCGAUUGUGAAAUUUGAGAUUCAAAGGUUCUGUUUAAAACUAAAUGGUUUGUGGUUGUAAGAUACUUAAAGCUCAAGAAUCCGUGAAAGUGUUAUGAUACAUACAUUAUUAAUAUUUUGUGUAAAACGGCCAGUAAUAGAUUGUUAAAUGGAACGUAUUGGUUAUGAAGAGUCAUGUUUCAUUUCUUUCCCUAUAUUUUAGAAACCGUCCUUCGUGUAUGUACAAUUAUAUAAUAAAUGUGCGUUGUUGUA